AUGGAUGUGAGCCGAGGGCUAGAGAAUUUGCCCGUGACUGUUUGGCCGCGGCUUGAGGAGCCCCCAGGAUUCCAGUACAGUCCAGAUCACGUGGCUGCUGCCGAAUGUGGACCAGACCCCUCUGAAAUCUCCUUUCAGGGAUGCAGCUGCCAAUCUGCUUCCUGCCUGGCUUCCAUGUGUUCAUGUCUUCCUUAUGCAGAAAACUAUAAGAAUUCAUGCAUCAACUAUGAAGGAAAUGAACUAGAGUAUUCAAAGCCUAUUUUUGAGUGCAAUGUUAUGUGCCAGUGUGGAGAGUCAUGCCAGAACAGGGUGGUUCAAAGGGGCUUACAAUUCAGACUGGAAGUCUUUAAGACGGCCAAGAAAGGUUGGGGUCUUCGCACUCUGGAUUUCAUACCGAAAGGCAGAUUUGUGUGUGAAUAUGCAGGGGAAAUCCUCAAUUUCAGAGAAGCAUGUCGAAGGGUACAGCUGCAGUCAGCAAAUGAUUCAAAUUACAUAAUAGCAAUAAGAGAGCACUUGUGUGAUGGUCAGAUCAUGGAGACGUUUGUUGAUCCCACACACACAGGUAAUGUUGGUCGGUUCCUGAACCACUCCUGUGAGCCAAACCUCAUUAUGGUCCCUGUCCGCAUAGACUCAAUGGUGCCAAAGCUGGCACUUUUUGCUGAUAGAGAUAUCUGUGCAGAAGAACUUUCGUAUGAUUAUUCUGGAAGACAUCGUAAUUCCUUCCCAGCUUUGCAAAGGGAACAGGAGAAGCCACAAGGAGAGAAACUGAAGAAAAAGCCCUGUUAUUGUGGUGCCAAGUUAUGCACAGGUUUCUUGCCAUAUGAUGGUUCUUUAUUCUGUGAACAAGAAACCACAGGCUGCCCAAAAGAAACACUGUGAGGAACCCAGGUAGUGGUUGCUUCCAGUUUCAUUCCAAAAACACUUAUGCUGUGAUUCACCAAGGGAGAGCACCAUGUGGAAGCAAACUUCCACACAUGUAGCUGAAAGAACCUCAGGUAUAGAUCACCAUCCACAGUGCAGUGCUCAUCGCACUGAACUGGGUGUGUGGGCUUUGUCAUGUGCGUGUAAAUACACCAGUUAUGUGUAGCUGGUUACUAGGUCAGGGACUUUGUCUGGAGUAAUCUUGGUUUUAAUGGAAUGUCAAAAGACAUUAUGCCAGCAUAAAUGGCUCGCAGUCUUCAUUUGUUGUUGUUCAGUCGCACAGUCGAGUCCAACUCUUCGCGACCCCAUGUCAGACUCGCAGUUGUCAUACUCUGCUCCUAAACUUGACUUCCAGGAAGAAAGGCCAGAUGUCAAUGAAACUUAUCUUUGUGUGAGCAGAGGUAGCGUCUCAGGCAUAGAAACGACAAGAUUUCUGCCUGUGACUGUCCUGAAGUAAGUGACUAUAUUCUGGUAAAGAAAGGAAGGAUAAAUUGGACAGAUUGCCAAAUUAGCGCCUUGUGACCGCUUCUCUUCAGCAGAGAGUCGGUCAAUCUAAGAAUAGUUGUUUCAGAAUAUAUUAUCUACGUGUAUAAUCAGCAGCUGCCAUCUCGUGCAUCCUUUUUGGAAAAAUACUUUGUUCUUCCUCUCCUAGCUGAAAUACAUCCAACACCACUGAAGUUUCUAGUUUCUGAUCCAUAGAGAGUUGGAAGCAGAGUUCUUCUUUCUGGCUUUGGCAGCCAUUUUUCUAACUUUUCUGAACAGCUGGAUGUUCAGAGUAUAUGAGGACAACCCUGUCCUACAGGCUCUCCUCAGCAUUGAUAUCCAUCUCCUCCCCAACCCCCUCUGCCUCCCAUGUAUUUUGCUUAACUGGAUGACUUCAAAUGUUGAGAAUCAGUGCCUGAACUCAUCAGAUCACCGAACACUGAUCCAUCUAGGAGUUUAAUGAACAAAGCCAGAGGUAAUUAACAGUGGAGUCCUAAGCAGAUUUGCACUCUCCUAAGUCCAUUUACUUCAGUGGCCUUAGAAGGGUGCAGCUCUGCCUAGGAUGGCACUGUAAGACUGGAGAGCCAAGAGUCUUUGCAUGUUACUGUUGCCUGGUUGCUUGGUGGGAGCAGGGAAAGAUCAGGCUUGGCUCUGUCUGGAGGACUGCGUUUCUAAGGCUUAUGAAAUCUUGCUUAUGGGAAAAUUGUUGUACCAACUGUCAAAAGCCAGGGGAAACAAGGGGAUUCCUUUACAUUUUUACAGUUGCUAUAGACUUUGCUGCCAUAAAUAGAAAGCACCUCUCCUGCCUCUGCUUCUCAUUUUGUU